GGUGCUGAGCGUGGCGGCGAGGCAGUGCCUGGUAGUGGGUGGUCGAGCCCGCUCACACUCCCUCCUUCCCCUCGUCGCCGGGUGUGCCGUGCUCCCUUCCUUCCUCUGUGCCACAGUGCCACAGUGCCAGUUCGUUCGAAGGGAGAAAUAAUCGGCCAGAGAAAGACCGAGACACAGAGAGAGAGAGAGAGAGAGAGGAUCUAUACGUCACAACCUUUGGACUGAAUAAAAUACAGGGACUCUUGGAGUUGUAUCACAUCCGUGCGUGUGUGACUUUCUCACCCCCUCUCCCUCCCGCCACCCUCUUCCUGACCUUAAUCAAGAGAACCGGAUCUCCCUUCCCACUUCCUUCUUUCUCAUCUCCUCUCCCUUUCUUCCUCCUCCUCUUUCUGUUCUUUUGUGUAUGGACUCUUAGAUUUUUGAGUUUUCCCUCCGUUUUUUCAUGUGAGGCUUUUAAAUUUACGGCUUUGGUAUUUAUUACUCACUUUUAUUUCCAUGUUUUUCGUUCUCCCUUCCAGUCCGUUUUCCAUAUGGUUUAGAGAAUCGCUCACUAAAACCUCAUAUCAUCUCGAGUUCUUGGGGUCUUGCCAGUGUUGGCGUUAAUAACGUAGUGCCUCUUUCGUUAUCAAUUAUCGACUAUUUUCGUUAUACACUUCGCAUUCUCAGAGAGAUAAAAGUUUCAUUAAGUAUUUCCACUUAAUUGAUUUCAAAGGGCUGUUAAUUGCGUCUGAUUAGCAGGGAUUUCCAUGUCUCGCUGGAUGCUUCCUAGACAACAUCAAUCAAAAGGAAUUGUCAAACACAUCUAUGAAUGUCACAUUGCGCCUUCUGUUUUCUUCGUCCCUCUGAUUACAUUAAUGUCUUGAUUCAAGUAAUUACAAGAAAAAAUUUCUUUUAUCGUUUAUAUCCUUGCUCCCUACGUUGAUAUUUGUUCGUUAUCCUUACUUUUGUUCCCUGUCCUUCAAACUUUUUCUUCUAUCUCUCUAAGCCACGACUUUUUAACCGCUCUUUUUGCUUAUCCGUCGUUUAUCCCUUCUUGCUCUGCGAUCUUCGUCGAAAUUCUCCUCCUCCGUCUCCGCCACUUUACUCUGUAGCAUCUAUCCUCGCCUCUCCAUCUCAGCUUCCCAAACACCCACACGCCACCUGCAACUACUCCCUCUCUUCUUCUCAUAACUCCCCUCCCUCGCCCCUUAAUCUCCACCCUCCCCCUUUCCCUUUCCCUCUCUCCCUCCUUCCCCCUCUCCCCCAUAUCCCUUACCUACUCCUCCCUCUCCUUCCCUCACAGAGACGAAGAAGAGCCCUGCCAAAUUACAGCCAGUCUCUCCGAGUGCAGGAGUGGAUCUCCCGUGACGUCAUGUGAUACGAGAACGGGCCAGGAUGGGAUGCAAAGGAUCCAAGUCCAAGAAAAACGCCUACGCAAGGGUUGCCCAGUACCAGAAAGAGUCGUGGGCCGCAGAGCGCGCAGUGUGCCGCCCCCCUGAGCCCCUAGACUGGGGGUUGGCGCCCCCCCACUGCAUCACCCCCGCCACGCUCCACAACCUCCUGACGGAUGGCUUCUACGCGCCUUACGCCGCCAACCCGCGCUAUCUCCUAGUGGCGGACUGUCGCGCACCCCGCGCCUUCACGCGGCGGCGUCUGGCGACGGCGCGCUGGCACGGCGCGCUGCACACGGCGCCGCCCCCGAACCUCGUCAACACCAUCGUCCUGUACGACGACCGGCCGCGCUCAGGGCCCCCCGCGCCCGGCGACACGGACCCCCUCGCCACUAUCUACCACGACCUCCGGCGUCAGAAGCUCGACCCGUUGGUUCUGCUUGGCGGCUGGUCGGUGCUGGAGGCCACGUGCCCGCACCUCCUCGAAGGGGGAGACGACCCCCCCACCCCUGAUCCCAUGCCCUGGUACCCGGCGCAGAUCCUGCCUGGCUUGCUCUACCUGGGCCAUGCGGAGAUGGCCACCGACCCGAGGGUGCUGUCGGCGCUGCGGGUGACGCACGUGGUGGACGUGACGGAGAGCCUGCCUCCGCGGGUGCUGCCCUCCAUGAACUACCUGGUUGUGCCGGUGCCCGAGGAGGAGGAGGAGCCAGAGCAGAGGACGCCCUCGUCCAACGGCAAGGAUAAGGGAACCAACAACAACAACAAUAACAACAACAACAAGCGGAGCAGCAGCAACAACGGCACCGACCUCAUCACGUCCCUUCCGACCAUCCUGGCCUUCGUCGGCGAGGCGCGCACGUACGGCGGCUGCGUACUCGUCCACUGCGACCAGGGCCUGACCCGCGCCGCCGCCGUCGUCAUGGGCAUCCUCAUGUCGGAGCGGCGCUGCACCCUCGAGGACGCCUUCUACUACGUGAAGGGCGCGCGGUCGGCCGUCCACCCGCAUCCGGGCCUCCUACACCAGCUCGCCAAGCACGAGACCGUCCUGUUCGGCGCGUCUCUCACGCAGGUGGAGGAACUCUUUUGACCUGCGCCCUCCCGCACCCGCAGAGCCCCCAGGCGACGACCGCCUCCACGACAGGGCCUCCGACGACGAUUUUCAUGACGAUUUAUGUUACGUAGAGACUUUUAUACGGACAUUUACCUGAAGUCAAGCUCCAGUUACGAGAGUAGCGUGCACAUAUCGGCAGAAUCCUGCAGCCUUUUGAACUCCCUUGUCGCCACGGCCUUGGCAUGACUUGUACGAGUCGAUAUCGUCUGCAACAAUGGCGCAACGGAGAUGGUACUUUGCUUCGUUGCACAUUCAGUGUCCUUUGUGAUGUCUCGUAUCAUGCAUUUUGGGAAGCACCAAACCUUUUGGAAAAAAAUUUGGUCAUUCUUAGUGCAGAGUUGGGCGCUCAUGACGUCAUGCAAUUUUGAGUGGGUUUACUUACGUACCCCAAUGACGUCAUGGUAAGAAUGGCCCCUUUUGUAAUCGACCAUCCACCGCUGAUGGUUAGUCGACUGUCUUUCAGAUUCUCUAAACAGACUUUCAUGUUAGAAAUGAGAAACGAAAAAGAAAAGAGGAGGCGGAGUAUGAGGAUGUAAAUACCAUGAACCAAUAGCAACACAGGUUCGUCGACCACGUAGUCUUUUUAGAGGAUCAGGUAGCGUAGUACAGGCCUCCCUUAGGGUUGACAUAGGCCUACAUAGAUCGACAUCGUCAACAUAGCUAAUCCAGAGAGUGAUUUUUUCAGAAUUUUUCGCUAUUAUUACGCUUUGUGACGACGUUGUAUGAUUUCCCCGCCAGUUUUCACGAUUCUUAAGUAGAAAACCUCGAUGACCUUAAUUGUCGUAAGCUGCUUAUGUAAACUCUGUGAUCUUCUAAACAUUUGCCGACUGAAAAAAAAGGAAAAUGCAUUGCUUCUUUUAUAUGAUAAACCCUCGCAUAUCGAGCUUUAUAUAAAAAAAAGUUAUUCAAACACGGUGGAAAGAAUGAACAAUGGAUUUCUCCGAAACUAAAAGAAAUUUAAUAGUAACGAAAAGAAUAUUUAAAAAAUAUGCCUCAUCCAAACUAAACGUGAUUUAUAUAUUCCAAAAAUAUUUUGUCUCUUGAAAAAAGAGAACAAAUCUUUAAACACUUUAAAACUUUAAAGAGUAAGAAAAGAAAAAGAUAAGGAAUACAAAAAUAUUAACAUUGUUCAGCCAUUUGCAUUAGCUAUAAAGCUGCAUAAAUUUCCUAUAAUGAAUAUAAGAAAAGAGAUAAAAAAUAAAAGUAUGAUAGUGGUAAUAAUAGCAUUGAUAAUAAUGGUAGAAAUAAAGAAGAUGAUAACGGUAAUGAUAAUAAUGACUAUAAUAAUCAUCAUAACAACAACAGUAAUAAAUUAUCGUAAUGAUAAUAAAUGAAAAUGAUAAUGAUAAUGAUAACAGUAAAAGGAUAAUAAUGAUGAUAUCGAUAGUGAAAAGAGAGAUGUGACAAUCACUUCGUAAACAUCUCGAGUGUUUUUCCUCUCGCGUUCCCUUGGGUGAGGGGACACAUCUGACCCCGUUUUAACCAUCACAGACACAGACAAGGGUGAAAGCGAGCCAAAAUCUGAUUGUCAGAGUGUAGGUAAUGAAGACCAUAGCAUUAGAUAGAUAUAAAACUUAACUGGUCGUUCAGCCAUCAACUUGUCCAUAAAUGUGAAAAUCUUAUAAAUAUCUGCAUUUCCAUCGACCUUAUAAUCUCUUAGAUAUGCGCUCAUAGAGAUGUACAAUAGGCUUACAUUCACCUUUUUUCUACAAUGGUUUAUAGAUCACAACUAGUCAUUGCCGUCGAGAGCUAGAACAGAUAGGUAGCUGUCUGGUUAAUUAAUCAAUGUAUCCAAACACGGAAAUCAAACAUAUUGCAUUCGGCAGUGCUGCAAAGGGAUGCCGCAGUGAUACAAACAGUAUGGCAUCUGUCCGUUGAGCAAACUUUGGUACGAAUUAGCGUAUGAUUUCGUCUGAGAACACUCUUGGAACUAGCGAAACGGGAGGGCAAUUUCAUGCUUCGAACGGGUUCAAAGCGGAUAUUUCCUGAUCAGCGUUAUGCAACACGAACCUGGCUACGUGCACGACAAUGGUUAGCAAAACAUGGAUUUUUUUUCUUCUCUUUUUUCUUGUUUUACUUACAAGACCUCAAGGAUUUUCACCAUCGUAGGGUGUCUGAUGAACCACUGCUGAGGGCCGAUGAGUGUCUAUUGCCUAAAAGCCAACGUCAUUUGCGUCUAUUCGGUGUUAUAAGACUUUCCUUGCAUUUUUAUGGACCUCUCACACCUGCUGACUGCCUAAGAUGAGGAAAGUUGACUGAAGAGAGAGAGAGAGAGAAAGAGAGAGAGAGAGAGAGAGAGAGAGAGAGAGAGAGAGAGAGAGAGAGAGAGAGAGAGAGAGAGAGAGAGAGAGAGAGAGAGAUUGCAAUACCAAGAGCAGAUGGUAGGAACAGCAAAAUAGGUCACGCUAUAAUACACACUGAUAAUUGGGAUUGUUCAAUGGCACAUUUGAAUCAAUACGUGCAGUCCAGACCAAUAAAAAAAGGUGAAAAAGAGAAAAACAGUAAUAUGUAAAUAACCUUUUUUUUGUUCGAUCUUUUGUCUUGUUCCGUUAAUCUUCACCCGCAUCAGUAGAUGGCAUGUUUUGUGUCAUUUUGUAUCAGGGAGAAAGAAGGCAUUAUAUAACCUCUAGCUAAACCCUUAUUAACUAACGAGAUCACCAGCAAUACCUGUUCUGAAUGCUUUAUAUAAUCACACCAUUUCCUAACAUUCCUUACUCGGUUGGCACAUUAUCUCCACGACUUUGAGCUUCCCACGUUUAAUUAUGGAAAGAGCUUUCAGUCUUCCUUUCAAAAAAAAAAAAAAAAAAAAAAAAAAAUCCAUUGCGGUGAAGAGAAUAAGAUAUCGGAAAGAAGCUUGAGGUUAUAGGCGACGAGAGAAAGAAAACACUCCCUGAGGUGUAGGGUGCUGAGAGGCAGAGAAACGGCUUCUUGUGCCGUAUACUCUACGUAGCGCGUACACGCACGUACACGCGCCAAAUACAUACAUACACACACGUUAAAAUACUCCUUUUAUAUAUAUAUAUAUAUAUAUAUAUAUAUAUAUAUAUAUAUAUAUAUAUAUAUAUAUAUAUAUAUAUGGAGUACACACACACACACACACACACACACACACACACACACACACACACACACACACACACAUAUAUAUAUAUAUAUAUAUAUAUAUAUAUAUAUAUAUAUAUAUAUAUAUAUAUAUAUAUAUACAUACAUAUAUAUACAUAUAUAUAAUAUAUAUAUAUAUAUAUAUAUAUAUAUAUAUAUAUAAAAUUGAACACACACACACACACACACACACACACACACACACACACACACACACACACACACACACACACACACACACACACACAGAUGCAUAUGUAUGUACAUGUAAAGUAUGGAUCAUGUAUAUAUGUGUGUAAGUGUAUGUAUGUGUACAUACACUGUACAUAAGCUAUAUAAACUUGUCUACACAUACAAUUAGCUACAGCAUUUAGUAAAGUUACUACGCGUGUAUCACAAACUGCCAAAAAAUUCGACAGAGACUGGAUAUGCAUCUAUAAUUGAUUUAGAUAACUAAAAGCGAUUUUUUUCUGGUGCUGAAAAAAAUUAUGUGCUGAGAUAAAUAACUACUGAUUCUCUUAUUGGGUGCUGAACACCUUUCUUCCUUUGUGAACACUGACCUUCGUUUGUUUUUGAAUACGCAUGCGUAUGUAUAUGUGUUGGUGAGUAAAUGUGUGUUUGUUUGCUGAGCUUCGGGGACAUCACGUUCUCGCGCGGGUCCGUGGAUAGCAAGAGUUAGGCCUAGUAAGUCUGCGCUUGUAAACUCUAGGAUAUACGUGUAUUGCGUCCUAUGGAAACGUCAUUAGAGUUGACUUUGCCUUCCUAUUACGAUGUGUUAAGAACAAGUGCUUUUAACUUGAGGAAUAAGAAAAUAUUGUCGCGAUCCAGAAGAUUGUUCAGUCACUGUCAAAAUUCCCUUGUAAUAAUCUCUAAGUUUGUCUCGAGAUUCGUGUAACCCGUUUCGAAGCGAUUCGAGACGUCAGCCAUGUAUAAGGGAGUUUUCACUGUGACUGCACACAUCAUGCAAUGCAGACUCGGUGAAAUGUGCCGCCUGACGUGUUUGUUAAUGUAUGCGCUGCAUCCACGACAGGUUUAGUUCGUAGAUUCUUAAGGUGCUGAGAUUUACCCAUCACUCAUUGUUUCAAGGCCACUUGUACUUUCCGUGAAGGAUACAAGGUAAACUAACUGAACAUUCUGUACAUAACAGCCAAUGUAUUUGAGAGAAAACUGUACCUUUUACGAUGAUAAGUCUGUAGUUUUACUCGGUACAGGACGUCAGAACUAAUAUUUCUUGCCACCAGUGGUCUAUCGGGUAUUGCAAAAGUGUAUUGUUUGCUGCCCAUACGACAAAAGGUGUGAGACAUCUGCAGAGACUGGUCUAACAUUAUGAAAAUAGCCUCUAAUAUGUCUUAGUGUCUGUUAACAGCGAGCUUAACUUCUAGAGUAAAUAUAUACAAGCUACUGUCCAAAUUAUGCAUUACCAACACAAAAAGUGUCUGCAGUAGAAGUAGGAGAGAAGACACCAUUACAAAAAGUAACACCUACGAGUAAUUUUUCUUGGAAUUUGUUCACGUGAAAGAUUAUUCUUAUUCUACCAUUUCUUUCCUUUCUUUUUUUUUGCCCAAACUCCGGAAAAAUCGCAAAACUGUGAUACGACGAGGCUGACCAACGAGAAAUCAUUGGGCCGAGAUAGUGUUCGGUGUCUCGAAACCCUCUUUCCCGCGCGUGUUGGUGCGUGAGCCACGUGUCAGUUGCGUGUGUGUGCAUAUGUGUUCUUCAUGUCCCAGGGGUCCAUGUGAUUCGUCGCGUGUGGAGGGUUUUGGGGGAGUCAGGCUUUAGUGUUCUGUGACUGGUAGAUGCAGGAGGAAUCUGUGACUAGCAUAAAAUAUAUUUUCCUAAACGCACCUAGUCUCUGCCUUUAAGGAGGUUGGUUGUCCUUCGCUUCCAUCCUUCCAAGUUAUCAAAAUAAUGGAUAUCGUGCGAAUAUUGUGAAUAGUAUAUAUAUAUUAAAAAUAGCAAAAAUCUUCGAGAAAUGUUCUGUAAAUGUUCUCUACUUAUUGACUGUGAGAAAGUUAAGAUUGUUAUUUCACUAGAGUGUACUAUUGUACCCAUAAUACUACGAAAUCUUUACUUCUAUUAAAGUUUACACGAUUAAAAAUACUAACAGACAAA